AAAAAAUAUAUAUAUAUAUAUUAGCAUAAAUUAAAAACGAUUUAGUAGCUGCGACACGCAAUGCCCACACUGCAGGUGUGUCUGCAAUGGACCGCGGUCGUGUUCAAUACAUUUACUUUGCUAAUUGGCAGCCUGGCCGCCCUGGCUGGCGUCUAUGAGCUGCUCUAUAAACUGGACGAGGGCUCCGCGGAUCACAUUGAUGCGGACAAGAUCAUGCAGUUGGCCAUGGCCGGCAGCCUUAUACUGGCCGCUGUCAUCGGCUGCUCGGGCGCCUUUCUGGGCUCCAUCAAGGUGCUGGCGGUGCAUUUGGUUCUAUUGGUGUUGCUGAUUGGUGCACACGUCUAUCGUCUGGCGCACUACAAUGAGUCCAAGCAUGUGGAUGCCACGGAGGAGUUUGUCAUGGGCGUCUGGAUGAAGGAGCUGGUGCGUCCGGGCGCCAUGCAUCAAGUGGAGCGCAGGUACGAGUGCUGCGGCGACAAAGGCUUCUCGGACUACACCAGCCUGAGCAUGCGUGUGCCUCAGAGCUGUUUCCAUACCAAGGAUGGGGUGCAUGCGCUCUAUCCCUAUGCCGAGGGCUGCAUGACAGCCGUUAAACGUGCCCAUUUGAAUAUCUAUCGCUCCGAGAGAUGGGCGCACGGCGGACUUAUUGGCUAUGAGAUUGUGGGCAUUAUUUUGGGCAUAACGCUGUGUUGUCAGCUGACCACAAAAACACGCCGUUACGCGUACUAGAACUAAGAUUUAUACGCUGCAUUUGCUAAACUACAAUAAACGACUUAAC